AGAACUAAAAAAUAUUCAACUUCAUUGAGUUAACUCGGUAACUCGUCCUCUAUGAUCAUUUCCCCCGUUUUCUCUCCCUCCAUUUCCGAUCCUUCAGUUUCACAUUUCCCCCAAUUUCCACUCUAUUCACCUGCACUAUUCCAUCGUUCUGUUCUUCAGGAAUUAGGGUUUCUGAUCGAUAGUAACGUCCAAAUUCUCAUAGAAUUACUAUAUAACUUCCAUCAAUUUCAUCUAAAUUUGGGAGAUUUGAAUACAACUACAUGCUCAUUUGCUCCAUUCGAAUUCCACAUUCGGAAACAAAAACAUCAUAAUAUCGUCUGACUCGUCUCAAAGGUGCAUGAUCAAAUCAUCAUCACACAGCAACAACAACUGUAUCGCGCAUUAUCAAUUCCAUCAAUCCGACAACAACAAAUGCGAUCUGGACGAUCAAAUCCGAUAGUGUUAGGGUUAGGGUUUCGGAUUUUGAAUGGGGAAUAAUUGUGUGGGUCCCAGUAUGGGACGAACUGGCUUCUUACAAUCUGUUACAGCGGCUGUGUGGAAAACCAGACCGCCGGAGAACACUCUUCCACCUCCCAACACUGAAGAGUCAGAAUCCACCAAAGGCAAGAACACUAAGAAUAAGAACAAAGAUAAUAAGAAAAAAGAUAAUGAGAAGAAAGAUAAACCGGAUGAUUCGAGUUCGAAGGAGUCUGAGAAACCACGCUCUGUAGAAUGUACACCGCCGGAGAGUGUUAAAAUGUCGGUACAGGAACCGGAUCAACCGGUACAGGAGGCGGAUAAACCGGUCGAAACCGUCAAGGUACCGGAUGAAAAGCCGAAGCCUGCAAGUAAUUUGAAACGCGUGCACAGUAUAGGACUUCAAAACUCAGUAUUACGAAGAAAAACAAACAAUUUAAAGGAUAUAUACAAUGUGGGUAAGAAAUUAGGUCAAGGUCAAUUCGGGACAACGUAUUUAUGCAUAGAAAAGAAAACCGGGAAGGAAUUUGCGUGUAAAUCGAUAGCCAAACGGAAGUUAUCAACCAAGGAUGACGUAGAAGACGUUAGGCGUGAGAUACAAAUAAUGCACCACUUAGCCGGGCACCCGAACGUAAUAUCUAUUGUGGGUGCGUACGAAGAUGCGGUUGACGUUCAUGUUAUUAUGGAGCUUUGUGCGGGCGGGGAGCUGUUCGAUCGGAUUAUACAACGAGGGCAUUAUACGGAGAAGAAAGCUGCCGAGCUUACGAGGAUAAUUGUAGGGGUUGUGGAAGCGUGUCAUUCGUUAGGGGUUAUGCAUCGGGAUUUGAAGCCUGAGAAUUUUUUGUUUAUUAAUGAGCAGGAAGAAGCUCCGCUUAAAACGAUUGAUUUUGGGCUUUCUGUGUUCUUUAAGCCAGGUGAGAUGUUCACUGAUAUGGUCGGGAGCCCUUAUUACGUGGCUCCAGAGGUGUUAAGAAAAUUCUACAGUCAAGAAUGUGAUAUAUGGAGUGCGGGUGUAAUCAUAUACAUUUUACUAUGUGGGGUCCCACCGUUCUGGGAUGAAACGGAAUCGGGAAUAUUCGACCAGGUUUUGAAAGGUGAUAUUGACUUUGAUUCGGAACCUUGGCCAGGCAUAUCUGAAAGUGCGAAAGAUCUCGUAAGAAAAAUGCUUGUUAAAGAUCCGAAAACACGGUUGACGGCACCUGAAGUUCUUCGUCACCCUUGGGUUCAAGCUAACGGUGUGGCUCCGGAUAAGCCUCUCGAUUCUGCCGUUCUUUCCCGUCUCAAGCAAUUCUCCGCCAUGAACAAAAUCAAGAAGAUAGCUAUCAGAGUUAUUGCUGAGACUCUAUCCGAAGAAGAAAUCGCCGGACUUACACAAAUGUUCAAAAUGAUUGAUUCCGAUGGCAGUGGCCAGAUCACAUUAGAAGAAUUAAAAAAAGGCUUAGAGAAAGUUGGCGCCAAUUUAAAAGAGUCCGAAAUCACUCGCCUUAUGGAAGCGGCGGACAUUGACAACAGUGGUACCAUAGAUUACGGAGAAUUUGUUGCGGCAAUGCUUCACAUAAAUAAAGUCUAUAAAGAGGAUCAUAUGUAUGCUGCCUUUUCAUACUUCGAUAAAGAUGGUAGUGGAUACAUCACUCCAGAUGAACUCCAACUGGCGUUUGAAAAAUUCGGUUUGGACGAUAUACAUCUUGAUGAAGUUAUGAGUGAAAUCGAUAAAGAUAAUGACGGUCGGAUAGAUUACAGUGAAUUUGUGGCAAUGAUGAAAGAGGGUGACUUCGGGAGGAACAUAAGCCCGCAUUUAAGAUAAAACAGUAAUUGUUGAUUAUUCAUAGUUUUCUUUCUCUGCUUACCGACCUGUUUAAUAUAUUCAAACAAUUAGCAAGUCGUCAUCUUUGUAAAGAUACCCGUCAAUCCGUCAUCCACUACGCUUCAUGUCAGUUUUAGGUAGUUAUUUCGAUCUUACGGGUUCUCACAAUUGUUUACAAGUUUCGCCAAAAUGUAGAUAAGUGGCACAGAUUAUCAGAUCUUUUGGUGUUUUUUACAAUGGCAGAAGUCUUUUCUUAGUUUUUGAUGAA